AUGCCGAGAAGCGGCUGCAGCGGGAAAACGACGAUGCUCGGACGGAGCAGAGCCAGGACGAUAGUCCUGGUGGGCCUAGUGUUGCUGACGUUGCUCGACACGGUGAACAGCACCCCUUACAAGAGGUCGUUGCUCAGGCUCUGUUCGAAAAGUCUCAGCGACGCUUUGUACCUCGCGUGCAAGGGCCGCGGCUACAACGAGCCGUUUUCCUACAGCGGCGAGGACGAUCCGAUGGACUCUGUGGGGCCGGGACUCGCGGAGGAAUGUUGCUACCAUCAGUGCAGCUACGCCCAGCUGGAACAGUAUUGCAAGCCGGACAAGUCCAGUUCCGUGGACGCC